AUGGCGGCCGUCAAUCAAAACAUGUUUGGUGCCAGUAUAACCACCGGGCCGAUCGGUGGUGGCUCAUUAAUGAGGCUGCCACUGAAUUUGAUCGCGCAAAUCGUCUCAAAUGUCGACGAUACUGGCGACCUUGCCCGACUAUGUCGCACAUGUCGCGUUCUCAACUACAUGGCCCUGCCACAGCUUUAUCGCAGCCUCACUCUCAAUUCCUACGGUAAAAUCCGGUAUCGCAAUGAACAACCAGAAGGAAUCGGAAGCGCCAGUCCCUUCACGAUGGGUCUGAAUGCAAUUAUCACCCGACCAUAUGCGACGCUCGUUCGAUCGGUUGGCCGCGUGCCCGACUCAUCGAUGUUGCUGAACAUCGCGGUGCGGGCGGCAGUAGAUCGCAUGACCAAUCUCGAGAGCUUCCACUGGGAACUGAAUACCAAAAUGCUGGACAAUGUAUAUCAUGGACUUACGCAGCUUCCUCGACUCACGACAUUAACGAUCCGCUUCCCCUCUACUCGCCACCCUCAACCCACGUUCGUGCUUCCGGGCAUGCCGCAUUUGCGAUCUCUCAAAAUCACCGAUAUCGACCCGCUCUGCUACCCUGAUGACAUAGCGACAAUGCUCCUCAAGAGCAAAAAGCUGCGCGAACUAAAGCUCCAUUGGUCUCCUCGCAUGCGCAUCGCGCAGGAGCCCAGCGUGUCCCUGCACGAAUAUUUCCGCAAAUGCAUCGCCGCAAAACACCCCAUACCCGUCAAGAAGCUUUCCUUCCAGAAUAUGUAUGCCUUCCACACCGAGGAAUUCAAUAUCGCAUUUGAUCCGACCACUGUCGAGGAUGUCACUUUCCUGAGCGGCACGGAUAAUACAGGCUUCGUCAACACAUUUAUCGAGAAUAGUUGGCCAACGGUGGUGCCCCAUAAAAAACUGCAGAUCAAAUCCAUUCGUGUGGAUGCGGUCUCCAAGCGCAACUCGGAAUUCCUGGGCAAUUUCAAGGGACUCGAGCGACUAUACUUCGUGAACGUGACCGCCGAUUCAAGCGACUAUCUCAAUUCACCUCGCCCGGGAUUCGGGCCUGCCUCAUCAGCACUCACACCCCCAGUGCAUGAAAAUACAAACGGCAUCAUGGGAAAUUCACCCGCCGCCGCCGCAUCUCCGGCUAGCCAGCUGAACCUGGCCACCAGCGUUCGUGAUAGCUAUCUUUCCCACAUUACCAUAAACCACGGCGCCAGUCUACGCCAUUUACUUCUGUGUUCCAAAUGGCCUCUUUCAACAGCCAUGAUUGCAAGACUUGUUCACGCCUGUCCGAACUUGGAGCAACUCGCUCUCGCUACGGAGUUUUCAAGUAUGGAGUCACUGGGAAUGCUGAACAACAGCAACCGCCUAAAUUUACCAGAAGAGAUCGAGCGGGAGCUCGAAAACGCCCGUAGCCUGGCAGACAUCGUUGAUUUGGACGAUGACAUUCUCAUGGAGAUGAUGAGCUAUGAUCUGGCCGAUAAGAAUGUCUAUGGAAAUGUCAAGGUCGUCGGUAUGGGAUGGAAGUCAUUCGAACUACGCGAUUUCUACAAGGCGCCCUUGCCGGUUUACGAUGAGUCUGAAUCCCAAUCGCCCGACCCUACCUCCGAUCAGCACGAAGCAACGUCAGAAGAAAGCGGUGGUCACAAUACCAACGGACAAUCCGGCCCUGAAACAGCUUCCACCCCUGCCACAAAUAUUCCUCCGUCAACAUUAGGCAAACGCAAUCGGGAUGAUGACGACGAAAAUGAAAGCAAAAGCCGCAUGUCAUUUUAUCAUACAACUGCCCGCGAAUCAUCCGAGAGCACUCACCCCGGCUUCGCAAAGACGGGUUGCUUUCCACCCGUCCUAACAAACGACCGACAAGUUAUCCGGCGCCGCAUGCGACGAGUUGGAUGGGAGGUGUUACAACACUGGGAGAUUUGGGCGCUGGACGCGCAAGAAAUAUGA